AUGGCCCCCAUUCGCACCGCCAUCGUCGGCCUUUCAUCUUCCGCAAAAACAAGCUGGGCUUCAAAAGCGCAUCUCCCUUACCUUCUGUCUCCCCUCGGCCGUUCAAAGUAUCAAAUCGUAGCUCUUCAAAAUAGUAGCGUUGAAGCGGCUCAGAAUGCAAUCACACACUAUAAUCUCCCCUCUGACACCAAAGCUUAUGGCACACCCGAAGAUCUCGCAGCUGACAAAAACGUUGAUCUCGUCGUCGUAGCCACACGAGUAGACGUCCAUCACUCAAACGCUCUUCCUGGCUUAAAAGCUGGAAAGACGAUUUUCGUCGAGUGGCCUUUGGCGCAGGAUGUUAAGCAUGCGAAGGAGCUUGUAGAUGCGGCCAAGGAGACUGACGUCAAGACUCUUGUUGGGCUUCAGGGGCGGUUUUCACCGCCUAUUGUCAAGAUUCGCGAGCUACUGAAUGAGGGUCGGAUUGGAAAGGUUCUGAGCAGUGAGCUUCAUGCUAGUGGUGGAACGAAUGAUAGAGAAAUUCUACCUUCGACGUUGCAGUACUUUACCCAGCGUGCUAUAGGUGGAAACGAUUUUACCAUCGGGUUGGCACACAUAUUUGAUUCGUUCCAGUCCGUUCUUGGGGAUGUCACAAAUAUUAAAAGCCGUCUUCACUCGCAGAGACCCAACGUCCGAAUUCGCGAUCCGACGACCAACGAGAUUAUCAACAGAGUUACAGCCGAUGUCCCAGAUAUCACCUUCGCCACAGGAACCCUCCAAGAAUCCAAAACCGUCCAGAAAGACGCUGCUGUAUCGAUCCGCUUCCGCCGUGGCCAGCCGUUCCCUGGUGAACCCCCUCUGACCAUCACCAUCAACGGUGAAAAGGGCGAGAUCAGGCUCCGAAGCUUUGGAGGUACUGCUCUAAAUGCGGCAGGGUACUCCAAACCUGUCACCAUCGAAAUCCACGAUUUUGAGACAGAUACUGUUGAAGAGGUUGAGUGGAAGUGGCAAGCGUGGCAGGAAGAAAACGAUAUCCCGAUCAUUGGAAGGAGUAUUGCAGCGGUUUAUGAACAAUUUGCUAACGGUAGAGGGGAGGGCCUGGUCUCAUUUGGUGAAGCUUUGAAGAGACAUGAGCAACUUGAGGGGAUGCUCAAGCAGUGGGAUGCUGAGAAGUCUCAGUGA